UCGAAAGGAAUGCCGGGAAAACCACUGUGUGUGUGACUGAAUGAGUCUCAUUAGCCUUGUUUAACCGCUACACGGGCACACUUUUUCUGUUUACUGUAAGAUAAAUAUAAUUUUAGAAAUGGCGGGAAGCGCUGGGGAAUGGUGUCUCAUGGAAAGCGACCCGGGAGUUUUCACAGAGCUGAUAAAGGGCUUUGGAUGCAAAGGUGCACAGGUGGAAGAGAUAUGGAGCAUGGAGCCUGAAAACUUUGAAAAUCUGAAGCCCGUUCAUGGUCUGAUUUUCCUCUUCAAGUGGCAACCGGGUGAGGAGCCAGCAGGGUCUAUUGUUCAAGACUCAAGGCUGGAUCAGAUCUUCUUUGCCAAGCAGGUCAUCAAUAAUGCCUGUGCGACCCAAGCGAUCAUCAGUGUGUUGUUAAAUUGCACACAUCCCGAUAUGCUCCUUGGGGAAACACUGACAGAAUUUAAAGAGUUUUCAAACAGUUUUGAUGCGGCGAUGAAGGGUCUUGCUCUCAGUAACUCUGAAGUGAUUCGACAAGUUCACAAUGGCUUCGCCAGACAACAGAUGUUCGAGUUUGAUGCAAAAUCAACGGCUAAAGAAGAGGACGCUUUUCAUUUUGUAAGCUACGUACCUGUUAAUGGACGACUGUAUGAGUUGGACGGACUUCGUGAAGGACCAAUAGAUUUGGGUGUGUGUAACCAGGAUGACUGGAUCAGUGCUGUACGGCCUGUCAUUGAGAAAAGAAUACAGAAAUACAGUGAGGGAGAGAUUCGAUUCAACUUGAUGGCCAUCGUUUCUGACCGUAAGAUGAUUUAUGAAAAGAAGAUUGUUGAACUGCAGGCUCAGCUCACAGAAGAAGAGCCGAUGGACACAGACCAGAGUGGAAAUCAUCUGAGCUCCAUCCAGUCUGAGAUCGCCAAGUAUCAGCUCCUUAUUGAAGAGGAGAACCAAAAACUUAAAAGAUACAAGGUUGAGAACAUUAGAAGGAAGCACAACUACCUGCCCUUUAUUAUGGAGCUCCUGAAGACUUUGGCUGAAUAUCAGCAGUUGAUCCCACUGGUGGAAAAGGCAAAGGAAAAACAAAGUGCCAAAAAGAUACAGGAAGCAAAGUAAAGCCACAUCGAUAGAGCCGGUUUAAUUUUAUGCCACGGAUUCGCUUGAUGUUUUGCAUCCCAUAAAAGGAGCAGCAGGAAGUGAAGCUGAGCCUUGUCAUUUCCUUCAUGUCUGUGUAUGCAUGCGAAGAGAUGUUAAAAUAAUGUCUUAUUUUCAUAUAAACCUCAUUUGUUCAGUAA